AUGAGAAAUCAUAUUAUACCUUUUGAUGAGAAUUCGUCAUCAAGUAUAACAAAUAGCAAUGUUACAGAGACAAAGAGUUUUACAGACAAUGAAAAAAAGAAUUUUGAAAUACCUCAGAUAGUAGAAGAAGCAUCAUCUAUAGUUGAUGCUCAACAGGAUGAUAGCAAUGAACUUAUCGAAUAUGCCCAAGGACAGAAAUGGCAGAAGGCUGACUAUUUCAGUAGCACAACGAAGGAAUAUUUAUUUAUAUUCUCCUGCAUGAUGAGUCAGCUAUUGAAUCAAGCUGCUACUCCACAAACGUUAGCCAUUAUGAACAUUCUUUCAGAUUCAUUCAAAUCUGAAGGUGGUAAUCAAACCUGGCUAAUGGCAUCUUUCCCAUUGGUUUCUGGUUCUUUCAUUCUAAUUAGUGGCAGAAUUGGUGAUAUAUAUGGCUUGAAAAAAGGCCUGAUUGGUGGUUAUACAAUGUUUAUCAUAUGGUCCAUAAUAUCAGGUCUAACAUACUAUUCACAUAGCGAUACAUUUUUUAUUGUUAGUAGAGCUUUCCAGGGCCUUGGAGUGGCAUUCAUUUUACCUAAUGUACUAGGUAUUGUGGGUAAUGUCUAUAUACCGGGAACCUUUCGUAAGAAUAUGGUCAUUAGUAUGAUUGGUGCAUGUGCUCCAAUUGGUGCAGCAUUAGGAUCAACAUUUGCUGGGUUAAUUGGGACUGAGGAUGCAAAUCAAUGGCCAUGGGCUUUUUAUGCUUUCGGUAUUACAUCAGCAAUCAAUUUGGUAAUCUCUGUAUACAGUAUUCCAAAUAAUAUUCCAACUAAUAUCCAUGGGUUCUCAAUGGAUUGGUUAGGUUCAUUAUUAGCUGUCAUUGGUUUGAUUUUACUAAAUUUUGUAUGGAAUCAAGGCCCCAUUGUGGGUUGGCAAAAGGCCUACAUAAUCGCGUUAUUGAUUAUUUCAAUUUUCGUUUUAGCUAUCUUUAUUAUCUAUGAACUCAAGAUUGCUACAAUUCCUCUAUUACCUCGGGAAAUUAUGAAGAAUCGUUACAUGCUGAUGGUUUUAUUAGCUUUAUUCUUAGGGUGGGGUUCCUUUGGUAUUUUCUCAUUCUAUUACUUCUCUUUCCUCCUAAAUUUAAGACAUUAUACCGCAUUAUGGGCAGGUGGUACUUAUUUCAUGUUUGCAAUCUUUGGUAUUAUUGCUGCUCUCGUAGUUGGUUUUACCAUUAAGAAGGCUACUGCAUCGAUCAUCUUAUUUGUGUCAAUGGUUGCCUUUACUGUAGGUAGCGCUAUGUUAAGUGUCACACCAGUUGAUCAGACUUAUUUCCGUAUGAAUCUUGGUACCAUGGUCAUUUUAAGUUUCGGGAUGGAUAUGUCAUUCCCAGCCGCAUCAAUUAUUUUAAGUGACUUCUUACCAAUGCAAUACCAAGGGAUGGCUGGUUCUCUUGCCAAUACUAUGGUGAAUUACUCAAUGUCUCUAUGCUUGGGGAUGGGUACAACUGUUGAACGUCAAGUUAACAACUCCGGUAAAGACAUUCUAAAAGGUUACAGAGGUGCAGAAUAUUUAGGUAUUGGGCUAGCUGGACUAGGUGCAAUAAUUGCAUUCUCAUUCAUGAUUGAAAAAUAUUGGAUAGAGAGAAAAGAAAACCUUGAAAGGACUAAGGAAACCGAUUUAAGUUAA